AUGUCACCAUUACACAAGAACCACAAAGAAAUUCCAGACCUCAAACGCAAACCCUUCGGAGCUUUUGGGAACUCAUGGCUCCAAACUAAGGGCGUGAUACUUGCCUUGUGGUGCAAGUGGGAGGGUGUAUUUUCCUCUCUGGGUAGCGGCACCUCCCUUCCCAGGACUUUUCUACUUUGCCAUUUGGAGUUUCUUUGGGAGCCUUCUCGCAGAUCUCGUGGAACCAUGUCAGAAUCAGCUGAAGCCGUGUCCGCUGACGUGAGCAGCAAGAGAAGUGUGACCAUCGAGAUCUCCAACGUGACCAACAACUACUGCCUCAUCAACCCCAGGGUGUAUCUGGACAAUGGUGAGGCCUACAACCCUCCACAGCCCACAGUGCGCCCCCUAAUGACCGAAGUCUGCACCUUCACCAAAUCCGGAGGCAAAGCGACCGGCGCGGUGGGCGUCUUGACGUACGACCUUUUUGAGAGAUCGCGCAACGACUACAUCGAGUCCGUGGCCCUCAUGUUCUCCGUGCCCUGGGAUUUCAAUCUGUACAAGAACUGGUUCGGAGUGGGCAUCUACCAGAAGGGCCGCAACUGCGACAAAGAUCUGUUCAAAGAGAUGUAUUACGAUAAGAACCCCAAAGAUUUCACCCGCGAUGAAGCCAAGGGGUCGGGCAUCAACUAUGUGGGCAGAUACAUGGAUAUUAAGGCCACGAUGUGUCCCUUAGGAAACGCAAUCAUGAAGGUGGAAGUCUGGGAUAAGAUUUUUUGA